GGGGAAAAGAUAAUGGUCCAUUUAGCAAACACCACCAAAAUUGUCAAUCGGGUCGGGUACAGCCAAUAGAGGAGAAGAGACCAUCGGGGCUGAAAAACCUUCAGUUCGCCGGCGAUUGUUAGUCGGAGAACCCUAUUUCCCCAGUUCCAUAGAUUUAUCUAGUUGUUAGAUACUUAAACAUCCUACUUUAUCUCACUUGAUGUCUCGGAAACGCAAUGUCAUUGUUGCCACAGGCUUGCUAGUCUUUGCAUCUGCUGGCUUAUCCUUUCCGUUUUACAUGGCGUCAAGAUCAUCAAGGGCAACUCCAGUCAUUGAUUCAUCAAAGCCAUUGCCACCCCAGGCGACAUUUCGUGGCCCUUACAUCAACACAGGAUCGCGUGAUAUUGGACCUGAUCAUCAAACAUACCCUAAGAAAUAACAUCUUUCUUGAUUAGAUAUUAGUUUUGCUAGUUAUUGAAGUCACUCUAGAUUUCCCCUUUUCUUUCUAUUCAAUGAAAAGAGAUAAUAAUGAGAGCCUGUUGAAACUGGCUCAGGAGAAAUUAGCAUGUUUGAAAGUGAUCCAGGAGCACCCUAGCUGGCCUGGACACCAUUGUUAUCGAAAACUCUGGAGGAAAUUUGAAUGUUUGAGAGUGAUCGAGGAGCGUCCUAUCUAGCUUGGACACUACUGUUUCAAGAAAAAUUGUUCUUCUUUUAGAGAUUUUCAGAUAUGUAACUGUGAUGUUGCUUUAUUGUUCAGAAACAACUAUAUGUAAUAUGCUGCGUGGAACGGGGCUAGAAUUUUCAGUAAGAAGUUUGAAAAUGAGGGUAAAAAGAAAGGGAAAAUUGAACUUUUUUUCUCCCCUCUUUUUAAUGA